CAAUAUUUCGGGGCCAUAUAAAACUCGGAGGUGAUAGACCGAUUGCACUAUCAACACAAGCUUGUGGAUCCACGGACACUAAGUUGCAGAUUUCCGGGUUGAACACUUAAUAUGGUGCACGCGUAGUGACAGAGAUGGUGACAUUCAUUGAGGUGGUGGUGGUGGUGGCUCUCCUUACUUACUAUAUAUUGAAGACGGAAGACUCCCUGGAAGACGAACCGGUUUUUGUGGGACCUUUGGGGGACACCUUUCGCAAUCCGAGAGAAUGUCCUGUUUGCAAACAGGAAUUCAAUGGGGAAGAUCGUCGACCACGAAAUCUCCAGUGCUCACAUCAUCUCUGCACCUCUUGCAUUGACACAAUGCUCCGCAUGUGCCUCGUUUUUGUCCCAUUUGCCGCGAAUAUGUCAGCGGCGUCUCAGCUAAGCAUUUCAAAAUUAACUAUGGCGUGGAGGAUUUCAUGAGGUUCCAGGAUUCGACAGACAGAGGCAAGGGAUCCCAUCCCAUGUCAAAGAGGAUGGCACGAAUGACGAAGGAAUACAUAGAUGCCACAGAGCAACUGGUGAAUGACUGUGAGGACAGGGAAGGUCAGCUGAAAGACAGACUGAACACGAUAACUCCGUUGGAGGAAGACUUGAACGCUGCCAUCGAGACUGUGGAGUGCGAAUUAAGGGCCAAGCUCCAGGUGCUCGUCCACCUAAACAAAAUGGCCAUCCAAGAGCUGGGGAGGGAGAGUAAUAGAAUUCGCAGCCAAAUUUUGGAAUCAGAAAAUAAACGGAAGGAAUUACAGGUCGUGUCUGAAGAACUGGAACAAGCAAAAACUUCAGGAGACGCUGCAAAUUCUCUUGGGAUGGCCGACGUGUGUCAUCAUGAGAUUGAGGAAUGGAUGGUGAAUCAUGAUUUGCCUCCAGAAAAUAAGGAUGCACUGAAAAAUGCAGAAAAGGUCUGCAAAUCAACGAAAGACAAAGUUAACCUGAUUCUCGAAAUCAUAAACUCCGAAGAAAUAAAUGGCAACUUAGUCUUCCGGAGUUCUACAUUCUGCAGAAAGUUAAACUUGCCUGAAGUGAUCACGGGUGACAUCGUGCUGCAGAUGGGAGAGGAUAUAAGACUCUUAGCAGAACAAGAGCUGCUCUUUGCUGUUCAGCGUGGACGAGGUCAGGUUUCCUGCGCCAAGAUUUCUUAUCGGGGGAAUCACCUCUACUUGCAUUGCCUCUUGAACAAACUUCCUCCUCAGAAUGCCCGCACCAUCGGGUAUAAAGAGCUGAUGUCCCAGAAAGAAAAAUCGAUGCUGUCUUUUCUCGAGAUCGGAUCCAAGGAAAAGGUCUUGGGAAGAGUUCACAUUAGGCUUCUACCAGACAAUCCCAGGGCAAAGAACUUCGCUCUGUUGUGCUCAGGGAUGAAGGAAGUUUCCUACAUUAAUUCCAAACUGCUCGAGACCUGGGGCAAGGGUCAAAACAGGGAGCACAUCAGGGGAGGAGAUUACGCGAGGAACACAGGAGAAGGAGGGGCACCUCUGGUCCCUGUCCCUAUGGAAAACGAGAAGAAGAGCGACCCCUGGAGAGCUGGGAGCGUCUGGGGGAAGCGGGCAGAAACCUCGGCUUCGCAGUUCUACAUCAGCACCAGAGACGAUCCAGGCGAGAUGAUCAAGGGGCUUUUCGGGAGGGUGGAGGACGGCCUCCAAGUUGUGAAGGAGGCAAUCCAGUCUUUCGAUGACAUAAGGCAACUUAAGAUAACCGACUGCGGUUUCGUCUUUCAUCCGUCUAGUCAUUCUGAGCCAUGAAUAUGUUUCGUUGCGUUUCCGGGAUAUUUUUGUUUGAGCAAAACUGGUAUCGUGAGGGCAUACUUUCAUGGAACAAUGGUACUAUUCGUAGAGGGAAAAUGGUUAGUCCCUGACAUGCCAUAAUUUAAAGAAAACUCGAAUUUGUCUUUGGAAAAAAAGAAAAAAAAAUGAUAGGAUGGGAAUUACCUACAAAGUUCAUUAUAAGACAUUGAAAGUUGGAUGAUAAUGUCAUCUGCCCUAAAUAUACCUUGGAUAUAUCUGGGAACUGAUGACGUCACUCCACAAUACUUAAAGCAGCGAGUUGUUUAAACGACGAAACUAGAAUUGUCUAACCCAGGGUUUCCAACCUUUUUUUGGCCAUGCCCCUUUAAUCACUUCUAAAAUCCUGAUGGCCCCUGUUGUGAUAUACAGUUCUUAUAUAUUCACGUGGAGGAAUCCUGAAAGGCCCUCAAAUUGGUUUAAACAGUCUUGAAUUCACACCCCCCACCCCCACUAUGAAAAUCAAAUUACCCUCUGAUGGGGCGUACACCCCACAUCGGGAACCACUGCUAACCCAUAGGAAGAUGAUUUCUCGCUACCCAGGAGAUUCUUAUCCAGAGAGACUUCGGGAAGAAUGGCAGAUUCCGGGGGGAGGACUCCUGGUCAAGAGAGGCUUAGGGAAGUAUGCAGAUGCAAAAGGGCGCGGGGGGGGGGGGGGGGAGAGGACUCCAGGCUCCCUAUGCAUAUAUACAUAUUAACUAUGUUAGUGAAUUAUGUCCUCUUUAGUUCGAGCGUGUAUACUGUAAGAUUGGUUUACUUUCGCGUUUACUUUUAUGUAUGCAUCUAACCUUCUUUUGUUGGUGUAUUAGGCUCGUUUUCUUAUUAAAUUGAUAUCGUCCUAGUGUGCAAAUCACUCUGUCUCUGUGUGUGCAUAUAGGCAGGUAAAGGUUUCAUGCCGCCAUUGUGGUUCAGGUAGCUCUGAAAAUGAGACAAUUAGUUAAGCCUAAUGCACACAGUUGCACACUGUUGGGUCAGAGGUAACAGAGAUAGUAAAAAAAAAACCGAUGCGCGAAUAUCGAUAUUUAGUCUGUUUUAGAAGGAUUUUCCCAAAAGUCUAAAACGCUGAAAUAAGUUGUAAUACGCACCUUUGAUUGUAAUGCUUUUGGUAUCUUGAAGUAUUUCACGUUAAAGACAAUCAGGUUUUGAGAGUAAUAUUGUAUGUAAUGUACAAAUCGUAUGAGUCAGAUUUGACGUACUUCUCAUAAGCAUGAGUCCUUUUUAACAUAAGUUCAGCUUGAUUUAGAAACGACAGCACCAAUGUGAUCAAAGUUAGUGACUAAUUUCUGUAUCUAAUCUAGGAUUGUCAGAAUAUUAUAAAAAUUCAAAAAAAACUGGCGUAGAUGAGCGAUUGCAGGAAGAGAACACAAGAUGAUAAGAUCCGGAACUGUGUUGCCACUGAAUGUUUUGGUCCAACUGGAUGUCUGAAUUCAAAUCACUCAUCAUUUGGAAUUUGCAUCCUAUUAUUUGUCUUUAAUCCAAUAAAAUUCUGCUUUAUUGACAUAUAUUUAUAUCACAUAAUUUUGUACCAUUUCAAUCAAAUUACAGAAUACCUGUUUUUUAUAUGUAUAUAAAAUAUAUCACAACUGGCCGUUGAAUGUAAAUGUUUUGGGUGAAGGAGUACCUACAAGGUCAAAGUUUAUUAAUGUCUUUAUUUCCCUCGCAAAUAUAAUAUGGAUAUAAUCGUUGCAAUUGACAAUCAGUAUAAAAAAUAUUUUCCUCGUUAUUGUUUGGAGUCUUUGACAAGACUGCCAUUUUGUACUUAGCGUUUUCUUCAUAUUUGGUCGAGCAGUUUCUGUACAUCCAUCAAGAAACUCUCUGCUUGAAUCUUAGACAGCUCGAGCAACUGUGACAGAUAAACAAACUCAGGGUUUUUUUUUAUUUUCAAUUCAAAUAUUCCAUCCUUUUGAUUUCAUAGCUACCCGUAUAAUACAAUAUCAUUAAGUAAAGAAAAGAGAUUGAUGCAUUUGACCACCAUUUAUUCAAAUAAAGGAAGAAAAAUUUUAAAGGAUUUCAAAUUAGUUUAAUGAGGAAAAAUGUUUACUAAUGGUUUGGCACAGUUUAUUGCAAUUAUUUUUAUUAUAAUUCCUUUUAAUAUAGUUUUAUAAUGAUAAGAUCCGAGUGGGUAUUUUUUUUUGUCCUCCCCGAGUAGUAGUAGGCGAGACAUGACACAGCCGCCCACCCCCUGCAAAUCAAUUUCCCCACCCUGGGUGAGGGGCCAGGUAGGUAGGGAAAUGGGUGGGUAGUGGAGAUAUCCACCCUCCUCCUGCAAACCUGUUUUCCCGCUUCGGGUGGGGCGGGGUAGGUAGGGGAUCAGGUAGGUAGGGUAGACAUCAGUGCCGGGUUCCAGCUCGCGUAGUGGCUCGUGCCUUUUAUAAUGUUGCCAGAUUAUGGUGCAAAUUGCAUCAAAAUAUACUUCCAGAAUUAUAAAAGGAAAGAGAAUUAGAAGGGAUUUCUCAAAAGAAGGAACCGAAUGAGAAUAUUAUUUCAUAAUGUUCUCAUUUUAAAAGUACAUAAACAUUCGGUUAUUGACAAAGAAGCAUUUUGCUUCUAAGCUAAACAGGGAGCUCAGAUUUGCGCGAGAGGAGAAUCUUUCUUACGCACCUACUUUGAAGGUAUACUUGGUCCUUCCCUAGGCGGCCGUUGUUGGGGUUGAGGUGCAGAAGGGAGUGUGAGGCCUCUUGUGUUCCCCAGAAUUAUUCUGUAGAGACCAACGUUUCCAACAUCAGAUACAUAUUACUAUCAAUGUCAUUUUUGCAGUGGUUGAUAAAUAAUAUUCUUUUGAUACAAUGCCUGUAAAUUUCUAUUCUAAAUUAUGUAGUGAAUCAGAUACCCAAAGUGAUCUGAGGACAUUUCGUGUCUGCUUGAUGUAACCAUGGCAUCAUUAUUUUGUUUUUUCUGGACAGCAAGUUGAACAUGUUUUUUGGCGUCAUUAAAAGGACUAGAAAAGAAU